UCCUUCUCCCCUGCGGCUACAGCGGCGCGGGUGAGGGAGACGAGGCGGCGUACCGGCGGUAGCGCGAGACCCAUCGCCGCCCCGGCGUCCCUUCGCCGGAGCCGUAGACCUCUCCCCCCCCCCCACCCCCCAACCCCGGGGGCCGUGAGCGGGGGAGAUCCAUCCGUGCAGCGCGAAAUUUUGGUGAGGCGGCGGCGGCAGCAUUCAAUCGAUCGAUGGCUCCUUCGUCGACAUCGUCGGAGGGCGCCGCCGACGGGUGGGUGCCUCCCAGCCGGCGGCCGGAGCUGGCGGAUGUGGUGCCGUUGCCGCAGAACGACGGCCCUCACCCCGUGGUAGCCAUCGCCUACCGGGACGAAUUCCGCGAGGUUAUGGACUACUUCCGCGCCCUCUACUUCGCGGGCGAGCGCAGCAUCCGCGCCCUCCACCUCACAGCCGAGGUCAUCGACCUUAACCCCGGCAACUACACGGUGUGGCAUUUCAGACGUCUUAUUCUAGAGGCACUGGAUGCUGAUUUGCAGGAAGAAAUGAAUUUUGUAGACCGAAUUGCUGAAUGCAACUCAAAAAAUUACCAAAUCUGGCAUCACAAGAGAUGGCUUGCGGAGAAAUUAGGGCCAGACAUUGCAAAUAAAGAGCAUGAAUUUACAAAGAGUAUACUUGCUAUGGAUGCAAAAAAUUACCAUGCUUGGUCUCAUAGGCAGUGGGUUCUUCAAGCACUGGGUGGAUGGGAGACUGAACUAGAAUACUGUAACCAGCUGCUUGAGGAAGACGUCUUCAAUAAUUCAGCUUGGAAUCAGAGAUAUCUUGUAAUAACAAGAUCCCCACUACUUGGGGGCCUUGCAGCAAUGCGUGACUCGGAAGUGGAUUACACAGUUGGGGCUAUUCUGGCAAACCCUCAGAAUGAAAGCCCCUGGAGAUACCUCAAAGGUCUGUACAAGGGUGAAAAUAAUUUGCUGGUAGCUGAUGAGCGCAUUUCUGAUGUUUGUCUCGAGGUCCUGAAAAAUGAUUCGACCUGUGUGUUUGCUUUGAGCUUGCUGCUCGAUCUUCUUCACACUGGUUUACAGCCUUCGGAUGAACUUCGAGGAACCAUAGAAGCAAUGAAGAAUUCAGAUCCUGAAAUUGCAGAUGCUGAUCUUGCGACCGCAGUCUGCUCAGUCUUGCAGAAAUGUGAUCCCCUGCGGAUAAAUUAUUGGUCCUGGUACAGGACCACUAUUUCUUCUGAGACCUGAAACAUAGAGCCAUACAGGGGCUUGACCCCUAAUCUUAGCUAAACUCCCAUGAUGUCAUAAUGGAGAUAUCUUCAAUCGUUGUGUGAUUGUGGGCGUUGAGGUGACCUACAUAUGCUCAUAACUUGGGCAUAAUUGGUCAAUGAUAUUUUUCCAAUACUUUAUUCUUGUGCAACAUAUGUUAUUCGAGAUGUUAGACUGGGUUGCAAGUCCAUGUAAUGUUCUGUAAUUUACCAUGUUAGUAUCAAUUACACUGCGCCACAAGUUGCCACUAGCGGUUCAUAUGUCGACUUGUACUGAUUCAUUUGCCUAUUCUAGGUUGAUCUAUGUGAUUGUUGGAACCAUUUCUUUAGAUGAUAGAUACUCCCUCUGUUUCCUCCGUUUUGUAUUAUAAGACGUUUUAGCUAUACCUAUAUUC